CUCGAGUCUGCCACUGGACAUCAUCUGCUUGCUGCUGGAGGGAUUGAUACACCAUGGUCAGGUCAACAACAAUUGUGCGCGCGUCUGACGCGCUCCCCCUCGCUGCUUCUGUGGACGAUGAGCAGACGGAGCAAGCUCUGCAAGAGCAUAAGCAACAAGCAAAGCUCAUCUUCCGGCGCAUAACCCCCAACGCCGAGCCUCGCUGCUCGAUCGAGAGUGGGCAGUAUACGCUCCACUAUCUCAUCUCAGACAACGUCGUCUACCUUACCAUUGCGGACAAGUCCUACCCUCGAAAGCUUGCCUUCUCCUACCUCGAUGAGUUGUCGAAGGAGUUCUCGACAACGUAUGGACCGAAGGUGGAUACUGUACGCAAGCCAUAUGCAUUCGUGGGCUUUGACACCUUCAUGUCAAAGACUGCUCGCCUAUACCGCGACACCCGGACAUCGUCCGGCCUCGACCGCCUGAACGACGACUUGCAAGACGUGACGCGCAUCAUGACGAAGAACAUGGAGGAGCUGCUUUGGCGAGGAGACUCUUUGGAUCGGAUGUCCCACUUAUCAACUUCAUUGCGGUCCGAAUCCGAAAAGUACCGCAAGGCCGCACGGCAAAUCAACAUAAAUGCCAUGAUUCGGCAGUACGCACCAUUAGGUGCGGUCGGGCUUAUCCUCAUCAUUCUCAUGUGGUGGAAGUUCUUUUAGGGGGGCAGCGUGUAAGUAUUGUUAGGCGAGCGCAGGCCUCACGGUGGGGUAAGGUGGCGAGUGCGCUGCGGCGAAGGGUACGUGGACGCUACGCUAGAGCAUCGGGGAGGUUGGUACUCUCGGGCCCGCGAGUGCCCUGUCGACGUUGGGUGCACGUCCGGCUACAUUGGGUGCGCUGUACAUGGUCCAUAUUCUAGUCCACUUUUCUCUCAAUCAUUCGGCAUAUAUACCUGCUUUUCAUGGACUUGUAUAAUGGUCACACUGACGUCGAGAGGAUGGAUAUUUCAUCUGGGCCGAGGAGCGUUCGUC